AUGAUCAACAUUCUGCAAGUAGAGACGGGUUUCCUCUGUAAGACUCCGAAUACGCCCAACAAGCCUGAAAAAUGCCUCUGUACGGACGUCAUAUGGUCUGGGCUUGCUGGAUUAGGCAUCAUGUUCGAGGGAUAUGACCAGGGUGUAAUGUCCGGCAGAACAUCACUGACUGAUUCGCAGGACCUGGUCAAAAUCGGCGAUGGCGCGACGGGAGAAGUCACAAGGCCAACCAAGCAAGGUGGCAUUGUCGCGAUAUACUAUCUCGGUACCCUGCUUGGAGCACUCAUGGGCGGUGCUUUAUCCGAUAAGAUUGGACGACGCAAAGCCAUCUUCUUCGGCUGUCUUUGGGGCAUCUUUGGUCAAUCGAUGCAAAGCGCCGCUCAGAAUGCACCGUGGAUGCUCUGUGCCAGGUUGAUUGGAGGUGUUGGCACGGGCUGCAUCAGCGCGGUGAUUCCAGUCUGGGGCUCAGAGCUUGUCGCUCACGAUACGCGAGGCAUGGUCAUGGCGUUCGAAAUGUUCAUCAACUUUGCGGGUAUUUCGACGUCGUACUGGCUCGAGUAUGGACUGAGCUUUCUCAACCACGGGAACACGCAGGUUCGAUGGCGAUGUAAGCCUUUUUCAUUUCUUGUUUUUCUGGUUGCUUUAAUGGCCAUCAUCCCUCUCAUGCCAGAGAGCCCAAGAUGGGACAUUGCAAAUGGGAAGCAAGAUCGUGGUAGGAAGACCCUGGCAGUCUUUCGCGCUCGAGGAGAUAUCAACCAAGCGGACGUCGUGGCAGAGUUUAACGAAAUCGUCGCUGCUGUCGAACUGGAGGCUGAAUAUCCGGCUCGGAGCUACUUCCAUUUGGUCACUGGAUUCAAGAGUGGCGAUCUUCAUCUUGGACGGAGAGCCUUUCUGGCUGCCUGGCUCCAAAUCAUGCAGGCAUGGACUGGUGUCACAAGUGUGGUCGUAUAUGCGCCCACACUUUUUCGAAUUGCUGGCUUCAGUGAGCACAAAGCAAAUCUCCUUACUGGCUGUGCAAACCUGGUCACCAUGGUAUGUUGCGCCUUUGCGUUCGUGACCAUCGACCGUUACGGCCGUCGCAAAGUCCUUAUGGCCGGGGGGUUUGGACAAAGCUUGUCGUUCUUCAUCCUCGGUGCUCUGUCCAAGGUCGGGCAGGACAAACAUAGCCAGACCAUCGGCGCGGCUGCUGGGUCAUUUGUCUUCAUCUAUAACGCAAUAUUUGCGGCAACGUGGCUCAGUGUGCCAUGGGUAUACCCUUCAGAGAUCUUUCCACUGGCCAUUAGAGCUAAAGGGAACGCCUUUGGCAUAAUUGGUUGGAGCCUGGGAUGUGGCUCUGUGUCUCUUGCGGCGCCGGUCAUGUUCCAAGCGUUAGGCCCACAGGGUUUCUAUAUCCAUGCCGUGUUCAAUUUGCUAGCCGUCGUCCUAGUAUUCUGUUUCUACCCAGAGACCAGUUGCCGAACACUGGAAGAGAUCGAUCUCCUGUUUGCCAGUAAAACUCCAUUUGUCUGGGAGACGGAAAAAAGAUUCCGAGAGCUUAAACUUCAACACUCGGCUCUGGUUCGUGGAGGCCAGGAUUUGAAAGCAUUGAGUGUGGCCGAACAUGUAGAGGUAGAGGAAGGGAAGGCUUGA